UCUCUUUCUCUCUCACACAAUUCGUUGCAUCCUGCUGGCAAUUCUGUUACACAAAAUCAACGAAUUUGCUGGCCAUUUCAUCAUGGAAAUUCAGCUUCAUUCUUUAAAACAAGAAGAAACUCAUACCAUUAUUUUUGUUUGUUUCUCUUAUUAGAGUAUUGGAUCUUCAACAAAAAAUAAAAUUAUUAUCCAUGCAAAAACAAUUUAAAAAUUCAAUAUCAUUGAUCAUUGGUAUUAUUUUAUUGUUUUCAAAUUUUCUAGCCAUUUCUGAGAAUAUAUCAAGUUUAAAUUUUUGAUAGAUUCAGAAAUGGCUGAAGAAAAUAAAUCUAAUAGUUCAUCUUCUCAUUCAGAAAAAGCUUCUGCUCCGUCUCCAUCUUCAUCAUUUAUACCAACAUUAGAAGACUCAGAUUCUCCGGAAAAAGCGCCAUCAAAGCCUCCGCCCUCGCCGCCAUUGGCACCGCCACCACAUUCUCCACCACCACCACCACCACCUUCGCCUUCUCAUCCUCCACCACCUCCUCCGUCUCCAUCACCACCUCCACCACAACAGCACGCUCCACCUCCGCAUUCUCCACCACCUCCACCAAAAGUUUCACCUCCACCACCUCAUCGGUCGUCACCGCCUCCAACACCAUUAUCAUCUCCGCCACCUCCAUCAUCGUCACCACCAUCACCAUCACCACCGCCGCCCGAAGUUAACUCUCCCCCUCCCCCUCCUUCACCAUCACACCCUCAAUCCCCUCCUCCAUCUCCUCCAUCUCCUCAAGCUCCAUCCAUACCUUCUCCCUCUUCCCACAUUAGUCCUCCGCCACCGCAAAACCAUCCUCCGCCACCGCAAAACCAUCCUCCGCCGCAAUCUUCACAGACCACUCCCCCAAGCUCCCAUUCAAAACCAAACUCUCCACCACCUAAAAGCCACUCAAUAUCCAAACCACAAUCCUCCAAUGGAAACCAUACAGGACAAUACAUUGCUAUAGCUUUCGCAGCAAUUUUGAUUGUCGCCUUUAUUGCCAUCAUCUUUUUUUUCGUGUUAAGAAGGAAAGACAAACGAGGGGGGAAUAUGCCACCCUCUAGAAAAUCUCAAAUGAAAGGAGAUGUACAUUACUAUGUAGACUCACCUGGUUAUGGUUAUAGGAACCAUGGAGGUGUAAUCCAUCAUUUGAGAACUCCUUCAGACCCAAAUCAACAACCCCUAAGUGCUGGACAAAUAGCUUAUAGUUAUGAAAAAAUUGUGGAAAUUACUAAUGGAUUUUCGAGCGAAAACGUAAUAGGAGAAGGUGGUUUUGGGCGUGUUUACAAGGCUUCAAUGCCAGAUGGUAAAGUUGGCGCUGUUAAGUUGUUGAAAGCUGGUAGUGGUCAAGGAGAAAGGGAAUUUAGAGCAGAGGUUGAUAUUAUUAGUCGUGUUCAUCAUCGACAUUUGGUAUCGUUGCUUGGUUAUUGUAUAUCUGAACAACAAAGAGUUCUUAUUUAUGAGUUUGUUCCUAAUGGGAAUCUUGAUCAACAUUUGCAUGAAAGUGAAUGGAGUGUUUUGGAUUGGCCUAAGAGGAUGAAGAUAGCAAUUGGUGCUGCAAGGGGACUAGCAUAUCUACAUGAAGGAUGCAAUCCAAGGAUUAUUCAUAGAGAUAUUAAGUCAGCAAAUAUACUUUUGGAUAAUGCAUACGAGGCACAGGUUGCAGACUUUGGACUUGCAAGGCUAACCGAUGAUGCUAAUACUCAUGUAUCAACUAGAGUGAUGGGUACUUUUGGAUACAUGGCUCCAGAGUAUGCGACGAGUGGAAAAUUAACGGAUAGAUCCGAUGUUUUCUCAUUUGGAGUUGUCCUUCUUGAGCUUAUAACUGGAAGAAAACCUGUUGAUCCAACACAACCUGUUGGAGAUGAGAGUUUAGUUGAAUGGGUAUGUCUAAACCUUUAUCUUAUUAGUAAUGCUCGUCCACUUCUGCUUCGUGCAAUUGAAACAGGUGACUUUAGUGAUCUUGUAGACCCAAGGCUUCAAAAGCAAUACGUCGAAAGCGAAAUGCUCAAAAUGAUUGAAGCAGCUGCAGCAUGCGUUCGACAUUCCGCGCCAAAACGACCUCGUAUGGUUCAGAUUGCAAGAGCCUUAGACAGUGGAGAUCAAAUAUAUGAUCUAUCAAAUGGAAUAAAAUAUGGUCAAAGCACAGUUUAUGAUUCUGGACAGUACAAUGAAGACAUAAUGAGAUUUAGAAGAAUGGCUAAUGGAAGUUUUGGUGAAUCCGAUUUUGAUAUGUGCAGCAUAGAAUAUAGUUCAAAAGUCCCACAAAGUUCAAGUGGUGUUGAUUCAGAAAUUAGAACUUUCCAAGGCCAAAAAAAUACUAUUGAUAACAAAUCUUGAGGGAACAUAAAUAAAUACAAGUGAUUUAAUGAGCUUAGGCAUAACGGAGUUUAAGGCUAUAAAUAUAACACCACUAAUUUCACCCAAAAAAAAUUCUCUAAAUCAUACUCGUAUGAGAUUUUUUUGAUUUAAUGAGUUUGGAAAUUGGAGUGAUAUAGCCUUUUAUUCAAACACGGCAAUCUUAAUUAAUAAUGAUGAAAGUUCAAAUAUAUUGAGAUUUCCUUGUUUGACUUGUACCAAUAAAAAAUGUUGGUAUUCUUUUCUAUACCUCUCUUCAAUUUUUGUUCUGUUUCCUUUCCCCCAUUUUUUUUAAUAGGGGGGACAUUGAAAGCUUGUAAUAUAAAUCUCUUAUACUUAUGCGGGAUAUGGAAGAUUGAGUUUCUUCACCACAUUUGGAAUGAUACAUUGAGUUUGUAUAAAACAAUUAUAGUACUUACUGAUAUUAUGCCUUGUGUAUUUUAUUUUAUUU